CAUCUCUUUCUCUCUCUUCUCAAUUACCUUCCAACGCACGCCUUCCAACCCUUUAACUCCCUAAUUCUGAAGCCAUUUUCCUGGACAUCACAUAAAUACCCCCACACACCACCCAAAAAUUCAUUCAUACAUAUAUAUCUAUAAAUCUAUAAAUAUAUAUAUAUAUCUUAUAUCUUGAAGAAAGAAUAAUAUUUCUUUGCUCUUCUUCUUAAAAUAAUAGUCACAAUGUCCACGGAUCUUGAAUUCUGCCAGGCCUUGCCCAAGAUCAGGCUCUCGCCGAUCCAAAUUCAGACCCCGGAGCCCUCCGAAUCGAAGACCGAGGCCGCCAGAAGCAUAAUUCAGCGAUUAGACAAUGACAGAAGAAACAGCUGCGACAAUAUCAAGAACGAGGACAUAAUUUAUGAGGAGAAGGAGGAGAUCAACAACGAGUGCCGCACGCCGACUUCCGCCGAGCACAGAAUCCCGGCCAUCCUGUCGUGCCCGCCCGCGCCGAGGAAGCCGGCGACGGCGAGGGCUCCUUCGUGCAAGAGAAAGUUGUCGGAGCUCGAUUUCUUCGAUGUCGUGAACCGGGAAGAGAUCGACCGGUUUUUCAGAUCGAGUUUUGCGAAAGCCGCCACCGGCUCGGCCAAGAGGAGCUGCUGCCCAUGUAAAUGAAUUAUCAAUGAUCCUUAAUGAUCUCUCUAGUAAUUUUACACGAAUUCUCUUUUGUUUAUUCUUUUCUUUUCUUUUUCACAAAGGUUAAUUUUAUAUAUUUUGGAUUUGUAUGGUGGAAACGACCUCAAGUUUCCUUGGAUAUAUAGAUCAAGUUGUAUUACAUUUA